AGGAUCCGUGACGUCGAACCCAAAUAAACACAAAGUAUAUGUGAAUAAUUCUGAUAUAAAAACGGUGUAUAUCAAGUGUCGAAGGAGUUGCAUGUGUAGCCGAAUAUUUAUCAGUGCUACGAACGGUCAGUGAAUUUAAAUAGCGCGGCAUUUGCGAUGUGUGUGUGUUUUGAUUAUUAGUCCUCUUUGUGGGGAUAAUCGCGAUCGGCUAGCGACCACCACGGCAGCUGUUCGACAGUUGAGCCAGCCCUUAUGAAGAGAUGGCGGCAGCUUUCUAAAUUUCAAUGAAUCAGUAAACAUGAGUGUUUCAGCUUCUGAUCGUAGAUAAAAACAAAAUAUUACUUGUAAAAGAACGCCAAGGGACUUGCGAUUGAUUUGUUGGAUUUUAUGAUUUGUUUUGUGAAUAAAUCGUGUAUCGUGUGUAUAAGGACAAAUCGUAACUCCACCGCCGCCACUGAAGAUUGCAGGUUGUGAAAAUGUCGCGGUAUCAGAAAAUUGUUUAGGACAGCAAGCGGUCAGAUCAACUGCACAGUGGUGGCCCCAUGGAAGGCACGCUGGAAGAACCCCCUAUUAAGGACUCAUCUCAAGCCAGUCCUGAUAAGAUUCUUAAAGAUGUGAUUCCAAAUGGGAUUAAUGGAAAUUAUAAUGACAAGGAAGAAUUCAUUGAUGCGGAUACUAAUAUAUCCAAACUCGUGUCAAAAGAAAUUAGUAGUGUAGUAAAAGAAAAAAGGGAGGCAAAUGGAAAUGAAGAUGAUGAGGACAAACAUAGAAUGGAAGUUGAAAUUGAAGAAAGGGAUUUAGAACCUGAAAAUAGUGAACAGAAUGGGAUAGCACAAAGUAGAAGUAAAAGAAGUGAAAUGUCAGAAUCAGAAAAUGACUCUAAAAUGUCUAAAUCCUCAGAGGGUGUCAGUGAGAUAAACAAUUUUAGUGAAGUGUCUAAGACUGAAGAUAAGUGUAAAAACACAUCAUGUGAAUCUAUGGAAGUUGACGAACAAAGUAAUAAUUCAGAUGUUGAAUGUCUUGAUGAAAACAUAACAGAAAUACAUUCAGAUAACGAUGAUGUGUUCACUAUGAAAAAUUCUGCCCUUAAAGAUAAUAAAGAUUCAUCAGGCAGUAGUGAUUUACAAAUUAAUGUCAGUAGUGACAUUGCUGAUAGUAGCAUGGAUACAUCUGAUGUGAAAAUCUGUGAAGAAAAUGGAAGUUGCGAUAGUCCUGAUAUUGAAGAAAUAACUGAUAGUGCAAAAAAUGGUCACAAUAUUUCACCAGAACGUGCUAAUAAAGAUUCAAAACAAAGAAAAUCUAGAAAGCAAGUAGAUCUUAGUAGUAUUACGCCAAGAAGAAGUUCUCGUAAUAUAAAGAGGACAAGUUAUAUAGAAAAAGAAAUAGAAGAGGAAGUAGAUGAUGAUGGUUCAGAUAUUGAAGAAAUUAAGCCAGAAGAUCCUUUAGCUGGUGUUGAUAGUAAAGACAAAGAAAAUUCUAAAUUAAAAUCACCAGUCAAAAAUAGUAAAACUACCAUUGUAGUUAAUGAUACUAAACGAUUAGUAGAAAUUGCUGCUGGUAGUAAAUCUGUAAAAGGAGGAAAAAAAGAACCUACUUUAGUUAUUAUAGAUACAAAUUCUAUACUCUCUGGACGUGGUGGUGUUCCUGUGAGUAGCAGUAAACCCCAUCACACUGUUUCUAGUACUAGUUCAUUUUCAGUAGUUCCAAUGGGAAUGACAACACAAACUAUGUAUCCUAAUAUGAGGACAACUAUUACACCAGUGCCCAUGACAUCAAAAACUGCACAAUUAAGUCCUAAAACUACUAGUAUGACUACAGUAACACCAACAGUAACACCUCCUAUAUUACCCACUUUAACUGAUGAUAUGUUUGUGGUAGAAGCACCAUCUUUUAUAGUACCAUAUGUAUAUGAAAAACCACCUCUGAAACCAUUAAAAGAAUUUGUUACAAAAUUGGAAAAAUGUUUAGAAGAACAAGAAAAGGAAGAAAGAAGCCAAAGAGGCAUAGAAGAAAAUAAAAGAGAAGAAUGUGAUGAAGAUUCAUUAGAUAUGAAUCAAAAAAAUAAGGAUAAAAGUGAAGAAAGUGAAAAUGAAGGAAACUGUAAGAGUAAAAAAGAUGAAGACAGAGGUGACAAUUCAUUAGAUAUAACUGAAUCUGGAUUUAGUAACAUAAGUGAUAAACAAGAUAUACGGCAAGAUGAUAGGAAUAAAGUACUAACAUAUUUUGAUUUACCAUUGGGAAAAUUUUUCAUGCAAAUUGGAGUGAAUCUUGUUCAAGAAUAUGUGCAAACUGAUCUUUUACGGACUCAAAAACGUAAACAGGGCAAAGGUAGCACAUCGGCUGAAACUCAAUUAGCUAUAAAUUCGCUCAUUAAGAACUUAGAAUUUAGUAAAGAAAAUAAUGAACCAUUCCAUUUAGAACUGAAAAAAUGUGAAUUCUGUAAUUUUAAAACGGAAUCAACUUUAGUCAUGCAACAUCAUUUAGAAACUCCACAUAUGCGCAAUUAUGUCUACAAGUGUAAUUUUUGUCCAAUUGAAGUGCGUAGUCCUCAUGAUAUUUUAUUCCAUAUGGAAGCAGAACAUAAUACUCGCGGGAGGUUGGAACGGGGUCCAGCUUUUCAUCAAUGUCCUAAUUGUCCAUUUGAGGAUAAUCAAAAAGGGAAAUUAACACGACAUAUACUUGCUUGUACUAAGAAAUUUAGACCAGAAAAAAAUCUCGAACCAGCUGCUGAUUGGGAACCUCCAGCAAAAAUUCCAAGAUUAAAUCGAGCAAGGCCUGUUGCACCAACUAACCCUAGUGCACUUGCAAUGGCAAUGAGUGGUAAAGGACCUCAACCACUUUUACCAAAAUUACUUCCUGCUCCAGUCACUGGUCGCGGAAGAGGACGGCCACCUAUGCAACCAAGAUAUUCAGAUUUGAAAACAUUACGACCAGGUGGUACAACAAUGCGACAAGAUAAUGUUGCAGGAAUGAUGUAUCGUCCAACAUCAUCUGGUUUGUUAGUCCCUACUUCGUAUCAAUUUGGUAGUAACCAAAUAUUUCAGGUGGUGGGUGGCUCUGGGACUGUCAUGUCGGCUGUCUCGGGAGUGAGUAGCAGUAGCGGCGGCAGUUCCGGUCAACCCACACCCAUUGCACUUGUACCCAACGUAAUCGACUCUCUCUCUAGAUUGUCCUCAUCACAGAAUACAACAACAAGUCCCAAAAAUCCUACAGCAAAAUUGUUAAGUCAACCAAGUAUAUCUAUAACUCCAUUACCACGUACAACAUCUCAAACCUCUAUUCCUGGUUCUGGAACUUCAUCAAAGUCUGGAGGAAAAACCACAUUUGUUAUAUGUGAAAUUUGCGAUGGGUAUAUUAAGGAUUUAGAACAACUACGUAAUCAUAUGCAGUGGAUUCACAAAGUUAAAAUACAUCCAAAGAUGAUUUACAAUAGACCUCCAUUGAAUUGUCAAAAAUGUCAAUUUCGGUUUUUCACAGACCAGGGUCUGGAAAGACAUUUACUUGGAUCUCAUGGCUUAGUUACAUCUAGUAUGCAAGAAGCUGCAAACAGAGGAAAAGAUGCUGGUCGCUGUCCAGCUUGCGGCAGGGUAUAUCAAUGGAAAUUACUAAAUCAUGUUGCGCGAGAUCAUGGAAUGACAUUAAAACCAGCACAUCUAUCUUAUAAAUGUACAGUUUGCACUGCCACGUUUGGAAUGUAUAAGCAGUUUGAAAAUCAUGUAUACUCGGCGCAUAGUGUCGUAGCUAAAAGAGUAAUGGAUAAGAAGAAUACACCUUCAUCUCCAUCGUCCAGAUCCAAUGACUCCCUUCUUAAACCAUUGAAGAUCAAUGAUGAAAUUACGAUUAUUCCACAACCAGCAAAACCUACAACCAGGUCGGGUACAUCUCAAGGCAGAGGAAAAUAGCAAUGAUCAGCAGAGUGAUACAUGUGUCUUGUCUUAAUGAAUUUCACGUAAUUUUGUGGUACUCCAUACUGGUCAUUGUAGUAUACAAUGACUGACGUGCCGUGUACAUGUGUAUGCAUAUUAUGCUUAAGACGCAAUUACAACCUACAACUAAACCUACAACUCUUGGCAAAAAAACUAGUUGAUUGCGUAAUAAUAUUCCAUCAAUGAUUAUACCGAUAUAUUUAUUUAAGAAUUUUUAUUGUUGUUAUCAGACAUAGAUAAAAUAGACUGUAAAAAUAUUAAAGGGUGGCCUUCAGUCUAAUUCCUUGGUUAAUCCUAGAGCUGCAUAUUCCUGACCUACACGCCUAUAAAAACCUAUAAAUAUGAAGAAUAUUUACAUUUUAUGCGACACUCACAUGUCAUACUGCGAAUCACUUUUGAAUAGUAAAUUGACUAAUAAUAUAAAUUCUUUUUCUAAGACAAAUAUAUUUGAAUUAAUUCUAUUUUGUUAUUAAUGCUAAUACGAUUACGUAGGGCAAUAAACGAUAAACUGUCCUUACUCCAUAUAUUCGAUGUGUCUACGCGUCAUGUUGCGAAGCAAUUUCUGAAUAAUAUACAAACAAAUUGUAUUAAUCAACGGGAGUGCCCUAAAUAAUUUUGCAAUGUUUUUUGGUGGAUAACAAGUACCAAUAGUUUUUCUAACUUUUCUUUCUAUCAAAUGUAUACUUCUUUUUCUAAUUUCGCCAUCAUACUUUUAAGCGACGAAUAUGGAAUUUAUAAUUCUCUGCUUAAUUUGUAAUAUUUCAUAAAGUUGUGUGUAUGAAGUAAGUUAUAAAAUCAAAAAUUUUUUGAAGUUGUAAAUUGUAUCUACUUCUAUAAGUUGAAAUUUUUCGUCGCAGACAUUGUAAUAAAAUAUUAAGUUUUAUUUUUGCGCUCUUAUAUAAACAAAAAUGUACAUUAACAUAGAAUAUAAUAUAAACGAUUAUAUCAAUAAAAUAGGAUGGCACGCAUAUGUGUAUA